AUGGCCAUCAUCAUGAUGCCAGCAGAGGCGUUCGGGCUGCGCCUGGCCGUGCCGCACCUCCCGCAUCGCCCCACCGCCGUAGACUCCUGGGAGGACUUUGUGUUUGUGGGCACGGGCGAGGGCGCCGUGGUGGUCUACCGGGUGGUGGUAUCGCAGGCGCGCGACGGGUCCGACGAGGCCCCCAUCGCCCGCAUGGACCGCCGCGUGCCGCUGCGCCGCGGGAAGCGGCCCGUCGAGCAGCUCGCCGUCCUCGCCCACCUCCACCACGUGCUCGCCCUCCAGGAUGGGCAGGUCGAGGUCCUCGAGCUCGACACGCUGGAGAGGGCCUCUACGUUGCCCGGCCUCAAGGGCGCCAGCCUCUUUGCCGUCGAGCGCGACCCCCACCUCACAAAACCGCGUGUUUGCGUGGGGCUGAAGAAGAAGGUGCUGCUGUACAAGCACGAAAGCGCCGGCACCUUCCAGGCCAUCAAGGAGUUCAACUUACCCGACCUCAUCCUCGCCCUAGAGUGGUGGAAGCCUGUCGCCGCCGCCCGUGGCGAUGAGCGGAUCGUGGCGGGCCAUGCGCACAGCUACUCGCUGCUCGAUCCCCGCACGGGGGCCGUCACGACGCUCCCCAUCCCCCUCGAGCGGUCCCUCCCCAUCAUCAAGCCCUGCCGCGACCUCCUCCUCCUCUCCGCCGACAAUUUUGGGUUCCUGGUGAAUCAAGUCGGCACUCCGCUGGCGACGCAGAUCGAGUGGGACACGCCGCCGCUGGCCGUGGGCUACCGCUACCCGUUCGUGGUCGGGGUGCAGAACACGUCCAUCGAGGUCCACAACGUGUACAACCAGGGCCUCGUCCAGACCAUACCCUUGCCCUCGCACGUGACCCGCAAGCUCACCCUCGUCUCGGACAACGGGCGGCAUCUGAUCGUGGCAGGGGGUGGCACCAUUUACUGCCUGGUGCCGACGCCCGUCGAGGAGCAGGUCAAACAACUGCUGCAGGAGCUGCGCGUACAGGAGGCCGCCGACCUCCUCGCCGAAUCUCUCAAGGACGACCGCGAGGGCAAGGCGGCGAAGCUCUCGGCGUUCCGGCAGGAGGCCGGCAUGGUCUACUUUGUCAACCUCAAAUUCAAGGAGGCCUUCGCGCAAUUCGACAAGUCGGACAUGGACCCGCGGGAGCUCAUCUCCUUCUUUCCCGCCAUUGCGCCCGUCCACUCCACCUACACGCCCCUCAACGCCUUCAACGCCCACCUCAUCGUGCAAAGCAAGCUGCCGGGCGAGAGCAACGAAAAGGCCCGCGCCGAUGUCCUGCACGACGCCCACGAGCAGCUCAUGAAGUACCUGGAGGCGCGCCGGAGAGAAUGGAUGCGGGUGGACGAGUCGAAGCGACGAGGGAAGCAGGCACUCGAGUUCUCCGCUGCCCUGGACACGGCCCUCAUCAAGCUGCUGGCGAUCUACAAGCCGGAGGCCAUGGAGCCGCUGCUGGCUGGUGGGGCCACCUACAACACCAACGAACUCGUCCAACAUCUCACCGAACAGAAGGCAACCCUUGCUCUCCACCACACCCCAACUACUGCACCUUUCCCUGCUAUACAUGUGACCACCCACCGGCCCACGAGGCGAUGGAGGGCGCUGGGCCACAUCUACCGGCACGCGCAAAGCUACGCCAAGGCACUAGACACGUGGAAAAGGCUGGGGAGUGAAGAGGCAGCGCUGGAUGGGGGCGGUGGCAGAGACAGCGAUGGAGUCGAGGAGAGCGUCAACUUGCUGGCACAGCUGAGCGACACCCGCCUGGUGUUCACCUACGCCGAGCGGCUCUUCCGAAGCAGCCCCGACCGCGCCGUUCGGGAGCUGGACCCGGAGCAAGUCCUGGAGUUCCUCGGCCCAUUCGGUAGCCAAGGCGUGCAGACCUACCUCGAGUUCCUCGUCCACGACCUUAAGUCGGAGGCCGAAAGCCACCACACCCGCCUCGCCCUUCUCUAUGCGCAGAGCGUUCGUGAACUGGUCCCCGCCACCCCUUCCCCGAGCUUCAAACCCGGCCACGAACCAGGACUGCUUGGCAAGGUGAGGAGCAAGCUACUGGCUUUUCUCGACUCCUCCGACGCCUACAGCGUGCCGGCCCUGGUCAGCUUCCUGCGAGACACUCCCCUCCACGCCGAGCUCCUCGUCGUAUACGCCAAGGCGCUGGAUCUGUUGGUGAACACGCUGGGCGACUACGAUCAAGCCGAGGCCUACUGCGCAGAGCAGGCCCGGCGCGCCCGCUACGCCGCCCCGCACCAUCUUGCUGCGCUCUCCCACAGCGGUGGCCAGGAGGACGAAGCCCCGGGUGGCGGCGGUGGCGAGGAGGAGGGCGCCCACCUCCUCAUCCGCCUGCUGCAGAUCUACCUCACCCACUCUCCCUCCGCCUCCGCCGCCUCUCCGUCUCUUCCCGCCCCCGCCCUCCGCCUGCUCAACACCUACCCGACCCUCCUGCACCCCUCGCGCGUACUGCCGCUCCUGCCCAAGGAAAUCCCGCUGGCCAGCCUCAGCGACUAUCUCGCGCGGGCGGUGGAGGGCAACGUGGGGGAGCUGCGGGAGGGGCAGGUGGCGACGAAUCUGCUCAAGUACCACCACCUGCAGGCAUCGGCGCAGCUGCUCAAGAAGAGGGCCGGCGGGCUGCUCGUGGAGCGGGAGACGCGGUGCCAGGCGUGUGGGAAGCGCAUCGGGGACCAGGUCUUCGCCUUCUUCGCCGACCCGCACCACCCCCUCGGCCAGGCCCUCCUCCACCUCAAGUGCCUCCAGGCGAGCCCCUACCACCAGCAGCACCAGCAGCCUUGA